GCAUGCGUGUCGCCGUGGAAACUAGACUCGGAAGUGGGGAUAUGGAAGUGUGAGAUCAUUACAGUGAUAAACAUAAGAUACAUACAGUGUUAUAAGGUGUGAAAACUAAAAAAAAACUGUGACCAUGGCACACGCCGUCAUAUCUCCUUUAUAUCCUCCACAGAUAGACACAACAAGGACUCCAUAUGCGUUUGGUGAUAGAGCUUUACCGAGACUCAAUCGUGAGCUUAAUGACACCACCUUACUUACACGACAGAGGGCUGUUAUGUCACUAUGUGAUUUUUUACAUGACCCUGAACACAUUGCUGAAGCGCUUCGGUGUGGAAUUGCAGAAAGUUUGAAAAAGCUGCUUACAGAUGAGGAUAUCACAGUGAGACAAAAAGCAACAGAAUCUCUAUAUGUGAUUGGUGGUCAUGCCAUUGGAAGAGAUGCCUUUCUUGAUCAUGAAAUUAUUAUUCCUAUAUCAAAGUUGUUUGAUGAUAAAGAAGAUGCUGCAAGAAAAAACGCUCACAUGGCCAUUCAAAUGAUAUCAGAAACACCCCCAGGAGCAGAAGGGAUAGUGACGGCCAAAUUAAUCCCAAUUUUAGUGAAGAAAUUAUCUCUUGAAUUAGAACAAAUUAAGGUUUGUAUAUUAGACACACUGCAUUACUGUAUGAGGGUGGACACAGAGGAAGCUCUGAAGGCCAAUGCCAUGGAAACUUUUACAAAACUGGCUGACCACCAUUCACCGGUCAUCAGAGCCAAAGCAGCCAGAGACAUCAUGGACCUGAGUGUGCCAUUGGAUGGGAAGAACAAAGCAGUGGAGGUGAACUCCGUCCCCGCUCUGGUCAAGCUUUUAUCUGACCCCAUCGCAGAUGUGCGAGCUAAUGCUGCUGGUGCCCUUAUGACUAUAUCUAUAACCACAAAAGGGAAGUACACAGCAAUCAACAAUGCCAAGGCCAUAGAACCCCUAGUAAAGCUGGUGGAUGAUGACACCAGUGAGGUUCGGCUCAAUGCUUUAAAGGCCCUUACCUGUUUAUCCGAGGCACCAGAGGGGAGGAAGGUUUUACUUAACCAUGUUGAAAAGAUCAAAGCUCGAAUGUUGGACCCCAUACCUGCUGUUGUCAAAGCUGCCACUAUCGCUGUCAAAGUGAUCACCUGGAAACCAUGAACAAACUGAGCCAAUCAACAGCCAAUCAUGACCUUACAAACUAAGUAGGGUAUUGAGGAUAUUUAUACACAUUGUGUCCUGGAGAUACUCGGGGAAUCAAAUACAAUAUUGGAUCCUACUGAAAAACUGAUGAAACAGAAAAAUAACAACAUAUUCAUGCUUUUCUGGAUGGAGUUACUAGUAUCGUGUCAAAUUUGAUUAUCUGUGAUAAAAAUGAGCUAUUGGCAAUGUAGCAAGUUUUACAUUUGAAAACAAAAACAAACAAUUAAGCUGAUGCUUAGAUCUGUUUUGCUUAUAUUUUCUUCAAAUCUAAAAUUUCUUUAAAGAAGUUUUUGAUGAACAAAAAAUUUCAUCUUUCACAAGUUAAACUUCUUCAAAAUGCACUUACAAUUGAAAUAUUGUGUAAGUAAAAUAUUCACAUUUUUACAUCAAUUGUAUAUAGAUUACUGUCAGCAGUACAUUAAAUAUGAACAUGUAUAAUA